AUGGUAGCUGAAGGAUUUGAAUGGACGUCGGUUCAGUAUAGGGUAAAGCUUAAGAAGCUAAAAGGCCAAUAUAAAAAAAUUAAGGACGCCAGCAGCCGUAAUGGAAACAGUCAAAGUACUUGGAGGUGGUACAACGCUAUAGACGCCAUUUACUGUCAAAGGCCGGCCAACCAAGGCAGGGAGGGAUGUCUGGACUCGGUGUCUGCACUUCUCGAAUCAAUUAUGGAGCCUGUUGGUAAGUAUUUUUUCCACUUGGCAUUGGCUUUAGCUCUGCUAACCAUUUAUAAAAAUCACUGCACAAAACCAUUCACUCUUUGCACAAAAAACACAUUUUAUUUGUACAGUGGAAGGAAAGGAAAGGGUAUGGUAGCUAGCAUCUCAUUGUUUACUAGCUCAGCAUCCCAUUGUUUACUACCUGAUGCUUACUGCCAUUUAAGAUAGUUAAUGGUUAACAUCAUGUAUUAUUCUCGUUGUUUGUGUAUCAAACUCGUAAGCUGUGCAUUUUCAGAUACAGUUGAGGGCCUCUUCAGUGAUGAGGGCCUUUGAUGACGAUGGUCCAUCUAAGUCAUUCAGUAGCGCCAGUAUGAUGGAUUCAACACCAACCCAACCAAAGAUUACGCCCAAUGCACCCCGGCAUCAACACACUGGUAAGACAUGAUGAUCAGAGUGAAAGUUGUAAUUGGGCAUUUUCCUAACUUUUAAUUUAAUUAAACUGUAAACUCACUCAAAAUUCCUGUGUAGUUUAUGUUUGUAUGAUCAAAUCCAUAAUCAUAAUUGUACAUUGUCUACAUAUACUGCUAUUUAAUUUACUUCAUUGUGUUUAGAGCUUCUCUUGUAUAUAUUGUGUUUAUUGAGUUUAUUUUAAUUUGUCUUUACACAGUUCUUAUGUGUUAUAUCUGUUCUUUAUUUACAUUAUGUUAGCUAAUAUAUAUCCACCUAGUUUUUGUACCAUUGCCAAAAAAAACCACCAUUCUGGUCUUUUGUAUAUUCCAGGUGAUAGGAGAUGGUUGCAGUUGGAUGUGCGCACAGUCAUGGAAGAGAUGCGGGCAGCAGAUGAAAGGCAGCAGGAAAGAAUGGAGAACCUUUCUGAGCGGUGGGUUCACGCACUGCGUCAGCAUUCCCGGGAAGCGAGGCACCAGGAGGCAGAAAUGGAGGAGUUGGCUACCUUCAACCAGUCCUUCCUCUGUGUCCUUUUGCAGCUUGUUCAAGUGCUGGGAGGCAGUCGUGAUCCCAUGUCACCACCCAGGCAGUAG